UCUCUCGCUCCACCGCCCCCCCCCCCCCCCAGCCGGUGUCAUUAGCACACAAUGCAUCUGUUGUUCUGAUGAAGCUCAGUGCACGUGAGAGUCCUGUGUCUGUUUCAUGUGUGUUUCUCUUGUGGAGUCGAGGGAAGGUUAGCCAGCGAGCAGCAGAACUAAACAGGAUGUUGUGAAAACACUGACGGCGUCUGAGCCGAAUAAAGUGCCACGAGCGCCGCAUCAGUAUGUCUGCUGGACUUCACACCAGUUAAUCAGUGCAGUUUGGAUCAGAUUAAGCUGUUCGGAUGAUUUUUGUAUUUGUCUUUUUCAUGUCAGACGUCGAUCCCUCUUGAAACUGAUGGUGUGAUUUUGUGUGAAACAAACUAAAGAUCUGCCUCAGAGCUUCUGGAGAUGUACAAACAUACAUACACGAUCAUUUUUACUAACAGAAUGAGCUGUGAAGCGUUUCCAGAUUUAUCUAACUGAAUUCCAGCCUACAAAGGUGUUUGAUGCCAACAUUGUUUUUUCUCCUAAAUGAAAGAUGAUUUUCACAGGCUGAUGAAAUGAUGUAUUUGUAAAACCAAUUUAAGCUGCUUAUCCAGGGAUUUUGUACGUUGGUAUUGCAUGAAGUCUGUUUUUUCUUUUAUUUAUUUUAAAUAUUGUCCCUUUGCUAUUAAUGAUUGACUCCUGUUUGUUCUCAAUGGACUGAACUCGGGCUCUUUUUUUUAUUUCUUUUUUUUUUUUUUUUUUUACAAAUUAAGCUUUUUGUUUCAAAAGGGAUGCGUUUUUCCUUUUCAUCAUUAAAAAUUAAGUAUACAGGUUUAUUUAAAGUCUGCCUUGUAAAUUUUACAGCAACGAAUACAUUGUACAAACAUUGUAUAUUAAAAGCGUACGUUUCUUGCAUUAGUUUGUGUUGUGAUUCAUUCGCGCGGUGGCGCCAAAACACCAAGCGCGGGAACGCCAUGAAAGCGCGCGAAAUAUUGAUUAUAAUUAUAAAAGAUUUAAACAAUGACAAAUUAUGGCUGGACAUACAGAUUCUGAAAAAUGAGGUUAAGGUUACCAAAAACAUUCAGCGAUUGAAACUAAAAUGUUUCGAGUGUCCUCAGAUUAAAACAUAAACGUGAUUUGUCUAAUUAAUAACUAAUAAGGAGAUAUAAGAUGCCCUCGUGAGUCGUUUGUGAUGAUGUUCCAUUAUUACUGAAGACUGAAGCUCAACAGAACCUGUUUACCCAGUGCACGCGCACAGCGCUGUUACAAGGGAUUUAAUGUUUGCGCGUGCACUGAACACUUCACAACGGAAUGCCAAAGUAGACAGAAAAAAAAGACAGUGAAAUAUGAAGAAGGCUGAAUAUGGACCUGUAGUGACAGGGCUGUUUAAUCGCGUUUAUGAGAAGUAUAUAAGGAUUGUUGCUGGUGUCUGACUCAUUGAGUUCUCAUGAUGAAACUUGUUCUUCUGGGAGGUGCUUCGAGGAUCUCUCGCUGUAGAAAGGCUUCGAGUCGCGGGACAGAGUCUGUUUCCGGGUGCAGGUGCUGAGGAACAGGUGAGUUCAGCUCCAGACACUGACACAGCUGCGACUCUGCUUUAGAUCGGUUUAUCUGUGAACUACCAACAAUACUGCAAUCCGAACACAUGCAUCUGGUCACCUGUGGUCAGCAGUGAUAUUACUGGAACAGUCUCUGGUUGAGUUGGGAAAGUCAACAUAAUUACUGAAAAGAAAAAACUUCGCAGAAACUGUUGAAAGUGUCACGUGGUGCUGAGUUCAUCAAUGUCGCAGAUGAUUAAAACCUCAGCUAAGGACUAAUCAGGUGUGGAGAUGAUUCCUGUGAAUGAGUUCCGGAGCAUCACAUCGGAGCAGAACCCUCAGUUCCGGGUCCUGAAGCCCUGGUGGGACGUCCUGUCGGAGUAUCUGGGCAUCACCAUGCUGAUGAUCGGGGUGUUCGGCUGCACGCUUCAGCUGACCCAAGACAAGAUAUCUUGUCUGCCGAACCGAUUCCCGGAUCUCUCCGGCGGAGAGCGAGACUGCAGUCACCUGCGGCAGGAGAACCAGAGUCUGUGGGAGUUCUCCAUCACCAAACACCUCAGUCCGGACGUCGUGGAGGUGUUCGGCCGGAAGAACGGUCUGGAUAUCCACCAGUACGAGUUCGUCAACCACUUCUGCUACGAACGGGCCGUGCACUGGUACGGAAAGUACUUCCCUUACCUAGUGGUCAUCCACAGCAUGAUCUUCAUGGUGGCCAGCAGCUUCUGGUUCAAGUUCCCAGGAACCUCGUCUAAGAUCGAGCUGUUUGUGACCAUACUGGGGAAGUGCUUCGACUCGCCCUGGACCACGAGAGCCAUCAGCGAAGUCUAUGAAGAACGGCGAGAGGAGAGGAUGGUCGUGUGGAGGAAGAACACAAUGACCAAAUCAGCCGCAGACAACAACGAUGACAUGGUGUCUCUGAUCCGAUCUUCCAUAAAGUCCGGCUCGGAGCAGAAAUCAGCAGAACCGCAGCCGACCGCGUCGCUCUUGGAUAAGAAGGAAGGUGAGCAGGCCAAGGCCCUGUUUGAGAAAGUCCGUAAGUUUCGGACACACGUGGAGGCGGCGGAUCUGCUUUACUUCAUGUACGUGCUGCAGACGGCGCUGAAGGUCUUCAAAUUCGCUCUGAUCACAGUUUACAGCGUGGCACUGGUCCCUAACAUCCAGAUCGUGGUGAUGUGCUCGGUGCCUCCAGAUCUGACGGGGUUCAGUGUGUUCUGCUGUAACUACAAUAAAGCACACCUGUUCUCUAAAUUAGCCUACUGCUACAUCUGCUUCGUGGGAGUGUACGGACUGCUGUGCGUUUAUUCACUUUACUGGCUGUUUCACCGACCGCUGAAAGAGUAUUCCUUUGAGGCAGUGCGCUUGGAGACGGGAAUAAACGACAUCCCGGAUGUUAAAAAUGACUUUGCGUUUCUGCUGCACCUCAGUGAUCAGUACGACGCCCUGUACUCCAAACGCUUCGCCGUCUUCCUCUCGGAGGUCAGUGAAUGUCGCUUACGGCAGCUCAACCUCAACCUGGAGUGGACGGCCGAUAAACUCCGCGCUCGUCUGUCACGCAACGCCUCCGAGAGGCUGGAGCUCGCUCUGUUCCUGCUCCCAGGGUUACCCGACACUGUCUUUGAGAUCUCCGAGGUCCAGUCGCUCAAACUGGAGCUGAUCAGUAACGUGACGAUCCCAGGAACCGUAUCACAGCUUCCAGCCUUACAGGAGAUGGUGUUGAUCCACAGUCCGGCCAAGCUCCAGCUGGAGGCCCUCAGUCAUCUGCGGGAGAACCUGAAGGUUCUGCGGUUGGGCUUCGAGGGCCCGGAGCAGGUUCCGCUGUGGAUGUACAGCUUACAGAGUCUGGAGGAGCUUCACCUGAGCGGCGCUCUGAGCAGUGAGUUCUCCCGCGGUCCGGCGCUGGACUCUUUACGUGAGCUGAAGAACCUGCGCCUGCUGACCUUACGCUGCAAGCUGACCAAGAUCCCGCCCAGUGUUGUGGAUGUUUGCGGUCAGCUCCUGCGACUGUGCGUUCACAACGAGGGAACCAGACUCCAGGUCUACAACAGUCUGAAGAAGCUGGUGAACCUGAGCGCUCUGGAGCUGACGGGCUGCGGUCUGGAGCGGAUCCCCAGCGCCGUCUUCAGUCUGUCCCUCCUGCAGGAGCUGGACCUUCGAGAGAACCGCCUCACCACCGUGGAAGAGAUCUUGAGUCUGCAGCACUGUCGUCGUCUGACCGUCCUCAAGCUCUGGCACAACCACAUCUCCUACAUCCCCGAGCACAUCAGCAAGCUCCGCGCCCUGGAGACACUGGACCUCAGCUGGAACAAGAUCCGCAGUCUUCCGCCGCGCCUCUGUUACUGCACCAAACUCCGACACCUGGACCUUUCCCACAACCAGCUGGCGUCUCUGCCCUCGGAGAUCGGCAUCCUUCAGAGUCUGCAGUUCCUCUCGCUGGCCUUUAACUCUCUGGAGAGUCUCCCCGAGGAGCUGUUCUCCUGUAAGAGGCUGAAGGUGCUGGCGCUGGGGAAUAACAGCAUCUCCUCGCUGUCUCCUCGGGUCGGGAAUCUGGCUCAGCUGCUUCGGCUGGAGCUGAAGGGAAACCGUCUGGAGUCUCUGCCUGUGGAGAUCGCCGACUGUGUCUCGCUCAAACUGACCGCUGUGAUCGUGGAGGACAGUCUGAUGGACCUUCUGCCUCCAGACGUGAAGGACAGGAUGAAGCACAGAUAAUCACAGCCCUGGAGCGCUGCUCUUAUGCUUUGAACAAAUAUAGCUGAUUUACUUGAUGACAUUGAUUAUAUGAGCUCAUUAACAUGCACUGAUUACAGCAAACCCUAUCUCCACACAUAAUGUAAAAUAAUCCAGAUCCUGGACAACUACCUUCAGUUCCGAUCCAACAAUGAUCAAGUGUUCCUGGAGACUUUCAUUCUGUGCUUCAGGUGUUUGAUUACGUUUGGACCUCAACUUUUGCCAUCUGGGAAUUUCAACAGUAAUUUAUAAAGCAUUAAAGACACGUUUAUUGA